UCAAGACUACAAAAGGAGCUUCAUCUUUCAAGAUAACCCGUGGAAUUGAAGCAGUUGGUGGUAAAUUAAGUGUGACUGCAACACGAGAAAGCAUGGCAUACACUGUGGAAUGCCUGCGGGGUGAUACUGAGAUUCUAAUGGAGUUCCUGCUCAAUGUCACCACAGCACCAGAAUUUCGUCGCUGGGAAGUAGCUGCUCUUCAGUCUCAGCUAAGGAUUGACAAGGCUGUGGCUUUUCAGAACCCACAGGCUCAUGUCAUUGAGAAUUUGCAUGCUGCUGCUUAUAGGAGUGCACUGGCCAAUUCCUUGUACUGUCCUGACUAUAGGAUUGGAAAAGUGACAUCCGACGAGUUACAUCACUUUGUUCAGAACCAUUUUACAAGUGCAAGAAUGGCUUUGGUUGGACUUGGUGUGAGUCAUCCUGUCCUAAAGCAAAUUGCUGAACAGUUUCUCAACAUGAGGGGUGGGCUUGGUUUACCUGGUGCAAAAGCCAAAUACCGGGGAGGUGAAAUUCGAGAGCAGAAUGGAGACAGCCUUGUCCAUGCUGCUGUGGUAGCAGAAAGUGCUGCCGUAGGAAGUGCAGAAGCAAAUGCAUUUAGUGUUCUUCAGCAUGUCCUUGGUGCUGGACCACAUGUCAAGAGGGGCAGCAAUGCUACCAGCCUCCUACACCAGGCUAUUGCCAAAGGAAAUCACCAGCCCUUUGAUGUUUCUGCCUUUAAUGCCAUUUAUUCAGAUUCUGGACUCUUUGGAAUUUAUACUAUCUCCCAGGCUGCAGCUGCUGGAGAUGUUAUCAAGGCUGCCUACAACCAAGUAAAAACAGUUGCUCAAGGAAACCUUUCCAGUGUAGAUGUCCAGGCUGCCAAGAACAAGCUGAAGGCUGGAUACUUAAUGUCCAUAGAGUCUUCUGAGGGUUUCCUGGAUGAAGUUGGGUCCCAGGCUCUAGUUGGUACUUCUUAUGUGCCACCCUCCACCGUCCUUCAGCAAAUUGACUUAGUGACUGAUGCUGAUGUCAUAAAUGCUGCACAGAAGUUUGUUUCUGGCCAGAAGUCAAUGGCAGCAAGUGGAAAUUUGGGGCAUACACCUUUUGUUGAUGAAUUGUAACACUGAAGCACAUAUUCAUGGAAGAGAGCUGAACAUUUUCUCAGACCAGCACACACCUUAAAGUCAAAAGUCUGUAAUUUAACAUUUGUUUUCUUGAUGAGGUAAAGUACCAUAAACCAUAAAUGCAGGUAGUUAUUCCCAGCUGACCUAGUCAAUAAAACAUUCUGUCUAAAUGUUUUUCCUGUGUUUUUUGUUUGUUUUGGCAGUACUCAGGUUUGAACUCGGGGCCUUGUGCUUGCUAGGCAGGUGCUC